AUGAAUAAUAAUAAUAAUAAUAUAGAUAAUCAACAACAACAACAAAUAACUUUGCCAACAACAAUAACAAGGAUUAUUAUUGACUUGUUAUUGUGUUGUGGUAGGGAGGAUGGCACUUCAAAAUGGUUGAUAGAGGAUUCAUUGAAUCUUUCAAGAGUAUCAAAGAGAUGGUUAAAGAUUACAAGUAGUGUAUUUGUACAAUACUAUACUUUAAGAUUACAAUCUAAUGGUGUUGACAGUAAUAUCAACUAUAUCAAAAGAUUACAACAAAAUAUUCAAUCACCAUUUUGUUUACUAUAUCAUCAAGCAUUAACAAAGGUUGAAUUGGUAUUUGGUUAUGAUUAUACCCAGAUUGCAUACAUUCUUCACAUACAAAAGUUAGACCUACCAAAUCGUAUAACACAACUAAAACAUGCCAGUCAAUUCUCAGAUCUCAAAGUACAAAUAGAAUUUGAACAUCUACAACCAACUGGCAUACCUAUUAAACCAAAACCUCGACAAUCCUAUGAGAUAAAAUAUUCAAUCAAUCGAGACAGGCAACUCUUGAAAGGAUUUCAAAAUCUAGAUAUACUAUCAAUCGACUCUUCAACAAGGGUCAUUAUUGACAAACAAUCAGCAAUCUACAAUCAACUAGUACAAUUAUUUACAAAUAGAGAGGUGUUUGGUCAAAUAACAACAUUGGAAUUAUUUACAUAUGAUGAAAUAGAUGUUGAUGUUUUGAUACCUAUUGUACAACAAGGAGGUAAUCAAUUAACAACUCUAUUUCUAGAUGGUCCAUACAAUCAAAAAGUUUGUCAAGUUUUACUACCUCUAGCAAUGAAUCUAUCAACUUUGGCUUAUAGAGAUGGUCUAGAUGAUAAACUUGGUGAAUACAAUCAGACAACCAACAACAUUAACCUCAACAACAAUGACAACAAAGAGGAAAAUUAUUUUUUAAAAUUAAUAGAAAAUAAUAAUAAUUCAUUAGAGAGACUAUACUUGGUAACAACAGAUAUCAACAUAUUAAAUAAUAUAUUUAUUAGUGGUGGUGGGUUGAUCUUUAAUAAUUUAAAGUUUCUUCAAAUCCCAUCUUGUCAUCUACCAUUCAUGUCUUGGAGUUAUUUCAAAGUAUCUCUACCUCUACUAGAGGUGAUAAAGAUAAAAGAUGGAAUUAAACAAAAUAGAAGAGAUGAUAUCAUUCCUAUAAAUGUCCAUACAUUUCCACCAAUCAUUUACCAUCCAUCAUUGUUGGGACUGAAAUUAAAAUGUUCCAUGAUACCAAACGAUCUUUUAAGAAUUGAUCCACUCAAAUACAUUCCAUUUACAACAUUGAAAAGUUUGACAUUAAAGUUAAAUGGUCUAGGCUCAACCAUACCAUAUUUGGAUAGAUUCGAGCAACUAGAGACACUUGUUAUUUCCAUUUCUGAAGAAAAUGGAACAUCACCAGAAUUUCAAUUACUUUGUCAAGAUAUUUCAAAGAUCAAAUCACUCGUCUCCCUUGACUUGCUCUCGUUGAACCAAUUCGACGGGGAAAAUCUACAAGAUCCAAACCUGAAGAUCAAUGGAUAUUAG